UCAGGGAGGCCGUGCUGGGAACGCUCGACAGGAUCCCCCCCACAACUAUUGUGAUUUUUUUUGGAAUUUUUCUUUGGAGUCGAACAUAUUCCCCCAUCUCGUUGCCAUAGGAUGCCAAAUUCGUCAGUGAUCAGCAGGGUGAACGCGGGAUUGGCCCGCUGUUUGAGCCACCACCGGCGCUUGUGUCGCGGCAUUGCCGAGCUGGAGCGCCUCAUCCACAACGAUGAGUUCCUGCAGGACCCGCGGACGCAGUGGCUGCUCCACCAGCGGCGCCAAACGGAGGAGGACCAGGCCAGUCCUUUGGGCCGAAUGGGCUGUGAAAUGGAUCGCUUGCUGGGCAGGUCCAAGAUCAAACUGUCUCCGCAAUCCGGUAAGAAUAAUCUCGUCGUGACCCGAACCUUCUGCCAAAUCCUUGAAGUUGAAAACACCACAGCCAGCAAGCGGACAGGACCAAUGCCGGCGCCAACGCCACUGCCAUCGCCGGAGAGAAGACACAGUUUCAUGUUUCGUCCUGUGGCGAAAGGAUCCUGCUGCAAAGGAAUGAGAGACUGAAGAGAUGCGCUACCAAGUCUGGCAGAGAUCUAUGAUAUAGGUAUAGAUCUGUGGCAGGCUUGAGAGAGUUAUCUGUAGGAUGUCUCUGUGGAACGACUGACUUUAUAUCCCACACAACUGGAGCAGCAGGAGCAGCAGGAGCAGCAGGAGCAGCAGGAGGAUGUGCAGUACCAGAAGGAGGAGCAGGAGGAGGAGGAGGAGGAGGAGCAUGAGGAGCAGGAGGAGGAGGAGGUGUUGCCCCGUCCGUCGUUCAGUAUCCGUGCUGCUCUCGUUAUUGUUAUGAAUAAGUUAAUAACAUGGCGGAAGGCUUCUUUUGUCGUGGCCCAAACAA